AGUCGCCGGGGCCGGCCGGCCGGCCGCCGUAACACAAACCUGGCUGCUGAGCCCGGUUGCUCCGGCCGCCUUUACCUGGCCGAGGCUUCCGCGAGGCUGGCGGAGAAGACACCAUUGAGCUCGCUUUCGUCGCGCCCUGUGUGGGCGCGCCCCUACUCCCGGCGCUGUGCGACCCGCCGCAGUCCCGCCCCAGUCUCAGCUUCUGUCAGUGUUUGGUGAGUGGGACCCCCCAGAACGCUCCGUGCCGUCCUCCCAGGGCAGCGAAGUGGCUCUCGACUGAAAAAGGUGAGCGAUUUGCCUCGAGAGCAGCGUCUUUGGAAAAGGCCAGAGCGAGUGCGAGAAGCAGAGCUACCAAUGUGGCUGGGGGACGUGGCCGGGACCGUGAAUAGCACCCCAUAUUGCCUCGUAUCCUGGAUACACUUAAUGCCCCAACCCCUAACUCGGAAGUAAAGUAGAGGUUGGCUGUCUAGGGGAGCCACCUGAUCCUUGCAGCCAUGAAGGCAGAAGAAACACCGUCCUCCUUACCGGAGAUCCCAGCUGGGUCCAGCAGCGGCCUCAGUAACCUGCUGAGUAGCCGAAAGCUGGUGGCUGUGGGAGUCGUACUGGGCUGGCUUCUGGUCAUUCACUUUCUGGUGAAUGUGUGGCUUCUGUGCCUGCUGUCAGCCUUGCUGGUGGUGCUGGGAGGUUGGCUCGGACCAAACGCCAUUGUGGGGGCUUCAGGUCGACUGCACCUGGAACGCUUUAUCCAAAUGACCACCUGCCCGCCAAAUCCUCAGGCAGAGAAACAACUGGAACAAGAGAUCAACUGCACCAUCCAGAUGAUCAUGAGGGAUUUUGUGUCAUCCUGGUACCGCUCUGUGAGCCAGGAACCAGCCUUUGAGGAAGAAAUGGAGGCCGCCAUGAAAGGGUUGGUCCAGGACCUCCGGAGGAGAAUGAGCAUGGUGGACAGUCAUGUUCUUACCCAGAGGGUUCUGACUCUCUGUGGUUGUCACCUGCAGAGCUAUAUUCAUGCCAAGAAAGCCACAGCAGGGAAACACAGUGAUUCGGUUGAGCCAUCCCAGCUCUGGGAGGCUUACUGCCAGGUUACUGCUCCACAUCCUGCUGUACAAAACCCCAGUGCAGAGGUCACCUAUACACGUGCCAUUGUGGAUAUACUACUUCAAGGACUAGUGCCAAAGCCUCACUUGGAGACCCGGACUGGUCGCCAUGUAGUGGUCGAACUCAUUACUUGCAAUGUCAUCUUACCACUGAUCAGCAAGCUGUCAGACCCUGACUGGAUUCACCUUGUACUUGUGGGUAUCUUUUCCAAAGCCAGAAAUGACCCAGCAGAAGUUAAACCACUCUGCCUAGCCAGUAACCUGGAACAACCCUCAGUGCCCACAUCUCUACCACUGGUGGCUGAGGCACAGAAUCUGCCAGAGGCAAGAGCCCCUUCCCCGGCAGCAGUCCCGGUGCUUCCAAACUGUAGUGAAGCAGAGGGGCCUUCUCGCCCAGUUGUUGAAGAAAGCCAUGACUUUGUGGAUGGAGAUUUGGGUGAAAUGUCAGAAGAAAGAAAAAUAGCAAGCAACUCAUCUCAUUUUCUGCAGCCAGAUAUUCGAGGCCCUCUAUUUUUAUGUGAAGACCCAGAGCUAGAGUCCCCAUUGUGUGAACUGAGCAAAGAAUCCAUAAUGCUUGUUACCCCAGGCAACUUCCUCUCUGACAGGAUCCAAGACGCCCUUUGUGCCCUAGAGAAUUCCCAUUCUCUGGAAUCUAAGGAUGGUGAAGGAUGUGAAGGAGCGGAAGGAACAGAGGCUGAGGGUCCAGAGACAGAAGCAGGCCUGCUGGUCUCCAUGCUGAAUUCCUGCCCUGAGAUCCAGGUUGACACAGCAGACAAGGAGGUAGAGCACGGAGACGUUACAUCUCUUUCAGAUUUGUUGGCAAGUCCCGAAACAGCCUGCCCCACACGACCCUCGUGCUUAGAGAAGGAUCUCACCAAUGGUGUGAGUUCCCUUGAUCCUAAUCUGCCACAGGUUCUGCUUUCUUCCUCUCCAACCGGUCCUCUCAGCUCAGCCACCUUCAGCUUUGAGCCCCUGAGCAGUCCAGAUGGCCCAGUUGUCAUCCAGAACCUUCGUAUCACUGGCACCAUUACUGCUCGAGAGCACAGUGGCACUGGAUUCCACCCCUAUACGCUCUACACAGUGAAGUACGAGACAGCCCUUGACAGUGAGCACAGCAGCGGCCUGCAGCAGCUGGCCUACCACACUGUAAAUCGCCGCUACCGCGAGUUCCUGAAUCUGCAAACCCGCCUAGAGGAGAAAUCAGAUCUGCGGAAGUUCAUCAAAAAUGUGAAGGGUCCUAAAAAGCUCUUUCCAGAUCUUCCAUUUGGAAACAUGGAUAGUGAGAGAGUAGAAGCCCGUAAGAGCCUCCUGGAAUCAUUCCUAAAGCAACUCUGUGCCAUUCCGGAGAUUGCAAAUAGUGAGGAGGUGCAGGAGUUCCUUGCUCUGAACACAGAUGCUCGUAUUGCCUUUGUCAAGAAGCCUCUCAUGGUCUCCAGAAUAGACAAGAUGGUGGUGAGUGCUAUUGUGGACACCUUGAAGACAGCAUUUCCUCGCUCUGAACCCCAGAGCCCCACAGAGGAGCUGAGUGAGGCGGAGACAGAAAGCAAGCCCCAGACUGAAGGCAAGAAGGCUAGCAAGUCCAGAUUGAGGUUUUCAUCCAGUAAAAUUGCCCCAGCACUAAGUAUGACUGACACACAUGAAAAGAUUCUCUACUGUCUCCAGGAUGGCAAUAUGGAGUCAGAGGUCCUCUCCAUGUCUGGGAUGGAAUCCUUUAUUGAAAAACAGUCAAAGUUACUAGGACUGCAGCCAGAAGAUACCCCAGAAAAACUUCCUCUACAGAUUCCCAAAGACUGCGUGGAUGGUUACUUACCAGCUACAGCUGUGCUAACCCAACAUUUCAGCAGUAGUGAUCCAGGCACAGAGACAGAGCUGGCUGACACAGCCCUGGAGCUGCUCCUCCUGCUGCUAAUGGAACAGUGGCGGUGGCUAUGUACAGAGAACAUGCAGAAAGUUCUUCGUCUUCUCUUCGGGACCCUAAUUCAGAGGUGGCUGGAGGUGCAGGUAGCUAAUUUAACAUGUCCACAGCACUGGGUGCAGUACCUCCGACUUCUCCGGGAAUCGAUCUGGCCGGGCGGAGCUUUGCCUAAGUCUCCUCGAUCUGUAAGGACCAACGAGCAGAAGGUGGCUGCUAAGAAACAGGCUCUGCAGAGCUUGAUGAGCAUCUUGCCAGAUAUCGUAGUGGAAAUCCUUGGAGUGAACAAAUGCCAGCUGAGCUGGAGUCUGGUCUUGGAGUCAGUGCAGCAACCCCUCAUCAACAGACAUUUGAUUUACUGUCUUUGGGACAUCCUCCUGGAAUUCUUGGAUCUCAGUGCCUCUCUUGAGGAGUCUCCUAUAGCCACCUCUGCCUCAACGACCCCCAGCAUCCCCAGGAACACAAAUGUCUCCCCUUAGCCAACGUUACUCGCAUUCUUUGAAGACUGGAAAAGUAGUUAUUUUGCCACCCAGAGACCAGUCAGGAAGCCUGUGCCUCGGGAACCAGGCUGUAGCUCAGCAGGCCUGGGCAGCACACUGCUCUCUCCCAAGUUGUACUCCAUCAGCAAGUGACGGGACAUACUUACCAGUUGCGUGAACACCAUUGCCAUAGCUUUCUGUGGUGUCUGGAGCAUGGCUGGUGGGUAGGUCCUAUUUCCUUUGGAAAAGGAAGCUGUGAGGUAGAGGAAUGAGCCCCUUUUGCCUCGACUUUCAUCCUCCUCCCUAAGAUUGAGUGCUAGCCACCUGGCAUUGUGUGUUUAUGUGCUUAUUCCACCAACACAAGCGUUAGACCAGGAGGAAAGCUAUCACCAGAGUUCCUUGAAGGAAAAUACAGUCUUCUGAGCUCUCUGUUCUCACCAUGAAGCUGAAAAUUCAAGACCACCCUUGAAAGCCAGACCCCAGGUUCCUAUCUAGUUUCACAAUUCCAGAAGAGAGACGGAAAACACUUCUCAAGGGACUCCUUGCUUGCUGGCUCUUUUCCAACACAUCAACCCUCUGUAGGAGGUCCUGAAACUGCUUCCCUAAGUGGCUACACUUUUCCCUGAAAACUUCAAAGCCUACAGCCAACACUUCUUGUCAAUCCACUCCACCCUCCACACCCUUUCCUAAAGCAGUUGCACCACAGAUUUUAUUUAUUAGCUUUCCUCCCUGCCCCCUCGCAUGAGCAGUUGAGUGGGCUUGGUGACCUUCUCUGUCUUCCUUCAGCAAAACUGCCUGGCAAGAUGCACACUUAGCCCACGGCUUCCCAGAGGACUCGCUCCAUGCUGAAAAUGCCCAGCAAGUGGGAAAUAUGGGGGUGUGGGUGGGGGGUGGGUGAGGCAGAUCUCUCCCCACAAGUCUGUGCCAGGGAACUUUUACUCUGAGCUGAUGAUAAUAGCAAACUUGUAGGGAACUUCACUUCCUAUUCCUUAAGGAUCUAGUUAGUCCUUAAGAACGCCACUGAUGAAGGCAAAGGUGUUCUGUCAGGCUGCAGGGCUGUUAGAAAGUUGGAACGAUUAGGACACACAGUGGAAGAAAAGAAGACAGUCCCAGGACAGCGAGGCCCCAGGGCAUUGAGUAGUGGACAGAGGUUUACAGGGAGCAAGACCUCAGCUCACCCCUUGACCCUUUGCUUUGCACCUGUUAGUGCCCUGCUUUCAGUGAAUUAUGGAUCCUCCCAUUUAGAGAAGAAGCUUGGGGUUGGACCAAUAAGGAGGGGGGCAGGUCUAGAACAAGUGUCAAGGUUCUCUUGGACUCUGAAGUUGAUUCACACACAAUUAAAGUGGUUUAUGGAAAAAGUCGUGAGCUGUUUUACUCUGAGCUGAUGAUAAUAGCAAACUUGCAGGGAACUUAUAGGGUCAGGACCCCCACUGCACCUAACCAUAAGUUGUCUUCUGAUGUAAUCAGUGUGCUGUUACUGCACAUUGAUUGUUAGUGACUUGAUGGCUACAGAGUCCUCAAAGCUCCCCCCACCCAGCACUCAGGCAGCAGUGCUCCAUCUCUGCUUGAUAAGUAUUUGCAGGAUUGCAAGGAGACCACCUCACUUGCUGGAGCCAGCCCUUGACCUCCCCCAGGCAGAGUCAUGAUGCUCUCUGGGAGCGGUGGCAGGGGCCAGCCCAGUCUUCUGCUUCCCUUCUCUCCUGUACCGAGCCUGGUCCUCAGUAGAUGUGCACAGACCUCUAUAUUGUUUUGAGUCUCUGCUGCUAGUUUUGGCUCAUGUGGCACGAAACUAGAACAUAAACUGACACCAUGAAAUCCCAGUGGCUAUUCUAAGGUACCUUCUGGCACUUCCAGCCCAAAGAAAACUUCCUCACAUUUCAUGCUAUGUAAGAGAUCCCAACUCUUUUCUCUCUGUCCCCAAAAUAUAAGCUGCUUUCAGGCCCUCCUCCUGCCCGGAAGGUAAAUACUAGAUAUCAUCAAGGAAAUAAUCAGAACCCAUCUGGCUCUGGGAGGAUCUGCCAUUUUUGGGUAGCAGGUUCAGGCAACAAGGGAAACUGGCAUUUGGGGGAGCCAUGGGUAUCAGGAAAACAUGCUUCCGGCUGAGAGCAUGGGGCGAGGCCUGGAAGAACAAGACUGGCCCCGACCCAGAGCAUCCUUGAUUUUUCCUUCACCUACUUGGUCUGUACACUUCCCACUACCACUCAACCUCUUUCCUAGCACCCAGCACCAAUUGUUAGGUGGCAGGUGGAAUGAAAUGUGUAAAUAUCAUCCCUGGGUAUAUAAUUAGGAUGAUGUGAAUGUAAUGAAACGACUAGGAAAAUAACUCCUCUGUGAAAUGAGCUCAUGAGCAGGCAAGUCCCAGAGACACUGGGGUUCAACAGCAUUGGCCUAGUGAGGGGCAGUGGUUCCUCACUCUUAACUGCUCUGCACAUUCCUUCUCGCCUCAGGAUACCUCCCUUCAGAGUCACUGCAUUUGGGGCCAUCACCUUUAUGCCAAAUAGUAUCUGUGGGAAGGAGGAUUAUCUCUUUCAUGUUUUCUUUUGAAAAGGAGAAAAACACUUCCCAGAAGCCCUUAAGAACUGCCUCACCUAUAAGGCAAUCCACUGACACAGAAUGGCGUUGCUUCUGGCUUGCAGUCUUUACCCCCAGAGAGGUCACCAUCUUGAAGGGUUGACACCUAAAAAAAAUAAUCCGGGCCCUCCCUGGUGGCGCAGCGGGUUAAAGCACAGCACUGAGAAGCUUAAGCCACUUCCGC